AUGGCCAACCGACCCGAUAAAGAUGAACCAGAGAGCCGCCAGGAAACCCGCUUGGGCUGGCUGACCAGUCGCGGCUCCUCAACCGCCCCCGAGUCCUCUUCCUCAUCUGAGUCCUCACCAUCAUCGUCGUCGUCCUCCUCCUCCUCCACCUCAUCGACUACCGUCAUCUCAAACUGGGACAAUGCAACUCAGUCCGAUCUGAGAGUAGACCCGCUCCCCAGCCUACCAGAAAAAAAACUCACCAGAGUCCAAGGCAAGCUGGAUGCCGCAGCUUACCGGACCCCUGCUCUGCAGCCGCAACCGCACAACGCGGAGGUCCCCACCAUUCAGGAGGCCGUCAAGUCGAUCAAAACGGAGGAUUUCCUGAACGUCGGAAAAGUCCCCUGCGCCCGGGAUGGAUACAUUUACGGCAUCAUCACCGGCGGAAUUGUAGGCGGUGUCAAAUUCAUGAUGAGCGCCCCCGUGCCCAAGGUAGCGAACUGGGCUGUAGGCGGCACCAUCGCCGGCGCGGCCGCGUCGUUCGAGUGGUGUCAGUACAAGCGACGGCAGGAGAGAAUUAACAUGCGCCGUGCUGUGGAGGUGUUCCAGCAGGGCCAAAAGGAAAAGCAGCGCAAAGAGAUGGAGGCUAAGAAGGUGGCGCAGGAAGAAGCGGCCAAGAGGGAGGCCGAGGCAGCGAAACAGCGGUCUUGGUAUACAUUCUGGUAG